CAAACCUCAGGUGUGAUAAUUAGCAGUGAAAACUUCUACAGAUAUCCAAACGUUUCUUUUAAAGAAGCACAAAGAAAGGUGGGGGAAGCGGCUGGACAUUGUUUUGCCAGAUUUCUUUUUAAAAUAUUAAUAAUGACUUCAGUGCGAGUAGCAGUCCGAGUCCGUCCAUUGAACAAAAGAGAAAAGCAGUUAUCCUCGAAGGUGAUAAUUCAUAUGAAGGAGAAGACAGCAACCAUUCAAAAGCCCACAGUUCGAGGGGACGAGCUCAAGGGCGCAGGGAAAACCUUUUCAUAUGAUUUUUCAUAUGACUCAUUUGACAGAAGAAGUCCCACGUUUGCAUCCCAGGAGAAGAUCUUCCGAGACUUGGGGUUUGAAGUCCUGAAAGCUGCAUUUGAGGGUUACAAUGCCUGCGUGAUUGCUUAUGGGCAAACAGGCUCAGGGAAGUCCUACACUAUGAUGGGUCCUUCACACGAUAAAGGUUUAAUCCCACGGAUCUGUGAAGGCUUGUUCUGGGAGAUAUCUCACAGGAGCAAGAGCGAUGCCGUGAUGUUCCACACAGAGGUCAGCUAUCUUGAGAUCUGCAAUGAGCGGAUGCAGGAUCUUCUCAAAAAGAGAGCAUCACCUACAGAUGAUGGGGGCUUGAGCGUGAGGGAGCAUCCUAGGCAUGGUCCCUAUGUAGAGAAUCUGUCCAAGCAUUUAGUACAAAGCUACAGUGAAGUGGAGGGCCUGAUCAUUCUCGGCAAUGCCAAGCGCACCACAGCCAGCAGGGGAGUGAAUGACUUCAGCAAGCGCUCUCAUGCCAUCUUCACCAUAAUGUUCACCCAGGUGUGGUGUGAUGCAGAACCGUUAUACGAGACGGUGAGUAAGAUCCACCUGGUAGACCUGGCAGGCAGCGAGAAAGUUGAUCCCACACGCACAGUAGGAGGCAGGUUGAAGGAAAGUGCCGACAUAAACAAAUCUCUGGUCACAUUGGGACAUGUGAUCUCAGCUCUAGCUGACCUUGGUGUAGGAGUGUCAACAACAAAACAGAUCUUCAUUCCUUACAGAGACUCUGUGCUGACAUGGCUGCUAAAAGACAGCCUGGGUGGAAACUCUAAGACUACUAUGAUAGCAACCAUUUCUCCUGCUGAUGUGAACUACAUGGAGACCCUGAACACUUUGCGUUUUGCCAGUCAAACUAAAAACAUAGUGAACUCUCCCACAGUGAACGAUAAUGGCAGUAUGAAGGUGAUGAGGGAACUGCAGUCAGAGGUUACCAAACUCAAUCAACUACUAAAAGAAGCCACUCAGGUUGGGCAUGAGGUGCCAUUAUCCUCUGUGGAUGUAAAGGAGGAGCUGAAUGAGACAAAGUCCCUCCAGGCAGUAGCAUUGACCAAGAACAGAAGCAGCACGUGGAGGGAGACACUGAAUAUUCUGCAGGAGGAGACGGUGACUCUGAGGAAGGAGGGGAGUGGAGUGGUGUUGGAUUGCUGUUUGCCUCACCUUAUCGGUGUUGGUGAAGAUCUGCAAAGCACUGGAAUCGCCCUCUAUUACUUGAAAGAAGGCAGAACCAUAAUUGGCAAAGCAUCAUGCACCCAAGAUAUUGUGCUCCAUGGGCCUGGGCUCCUCAGUGUGCAUUGUGUGCUUGAGAACAUUGCUGGGACUGUAACCCUGUUCCCUCAGGAUGGUGCACUGUGCUUAGUCAAUGGCUCUGUGGUCACCGAUCCUUGCCAGCUGACUCAGGGUGCCAUCAUACAGUUGGGAAAAGGAGCCACACUCUGGUUUAACCAACCGACUGCUUCCCAACUUAGACUGAAAUACCAGAGUGGAUUGCCAUCUGUGUUCAGCCCAUCUGUGACCGACUCGUCCAACUCUACUGAGAAUUUGUCCAAGGCGAUGGUGCAAAAUCAAUGCCAACACAUCCAUCCGGCUAAAAAUGCAGAAGUAAUGUCCAAAGCCUCAAGCGUCUGUCUUGCCCCUACCCCAUCAAGAACGUUUGAGACUACAGACACUGGGCUACCUAGAAGACGUUUCAUCUCACACGGUAGUUUUGAAUCGGAUGGAGAGAACCUGCAGAAUGGAGUAAGCGCCAGGGAUGGCCAGGAGCGGGACUUGUGUCAUAAAUCAGGGCCUGGGCUCAGGUCUGAGAGGAAAGCUCAAAGUGGGACUGAAGUUGCAAGCUGUAAGGGAGAAGAGGGCUGGUCAGGGGAUGCCAACCUCCAGCAGACAAGUGUCCUGGGCCUGGGUGAUGGAUGUGGCACAAAGCCAGAGGGAAAUGCUAAUGAGAUCCAAGAUGAUGGCACUGACUGCUACAAGGGGAGACCUCGCUCUGGUGGGAGCUCAUUAAGUGGCAUGUCCCACCUGCAGAGCAGCAGAGGAACCAGCUCCAUGUCUAUCCUCCCACAGAGCAACACUCAUUCUCAGCUUGACACAAAGCCUCUUGACAGUCACACAGGCUUUUGUCCACCCAAAGAAACCACCAUCACGAAGGAGUGUAGCUGUGGAGAGAUGGAUGAAUCUGAAAAUUUAGAGAAGAUCCCUGGAGUGUGUGCGACAAAGGCUGCAGCAGCUGCAGUUCAGAAUCUGAAGCUGAGCUCUUUGUUCAGCAGAGUUUUUUGGAUUGUCCAGGAUGCAGGACGUCUGCUUUGGAGCUCUUCCACUGUAUUGCAGCAAGUCACAGAAUUCAGAUUUCAACCUGUUGGGGCUCGUUGGUCAAACAAUUUUAUCUCUCUGGUAAGAGAAAGCAGUGUUCUGUCUAUUUUAAGGGACAGCCAUGUCUUCUCCACAUUUAGAAGCAGCUUUAUCUUCUCUCUAUUAAAGGACAGUCACAUUUUUUCAUUGGUGAAAGAGCUGCCUCUCAUACAGCAGGUCCAGAUGGAUAUAAUUCAACUCCUUCAGUCUGAGGAGGCUGCUCAGAUGAUUCAAGGCUGCAUUAAUCCUGAAAACGCACAACUCCCUGUCCCGACACCAACACAAACCCUGAGUAAGGCUGAUGAAUUGCCAAAUGAUGUACAGCUUGUCUCAGGGGAUAUCUUGAAAAGGAAUGAAAGUAUGUGGGAUAUGGAGUCAACACGAAACAUGGUUGAUGGUAAUGUGAAACAAGGAGAUGAACUUAUUACAAAGCGGUUGCAACUGAAGCACAGCAGUGUGAAAGAGGUUACCUGUGAACUUAAAAACUCAAAAACAGUUCAAAUUUUCAUUCAAACGUUGAUAAAAUUUCCUGAUUCCCUUGCAAACCUGCAAAAUCUGCCACCCCAAAGCAUGAUGGACCAUCUACAGUCUGUCAUCUCCACUUCAGGCCUCCCAACUCAGAAGAUUCUUACUCUCUACUGGCUGAACGUAGCUAAAUGCAACAAACCAGAGCCGCAGUCUGCCCUCUUGAUCCUGAUGGAAUCUGCGCUUUACACACUAACCUCUGAAUCUGGUCUCUUAGUUUUGUUCCAUCACCUCCCUUUGUGUCAGUUGAAGGACAUUCAGAUAGGCCUAGCAGGCCAAAGUCUGCGUUUGAUAAGUGCUACAGAAGAAAGCGUCCUUGUUGUCUAUACCUACAGUCAAAAGCAUACUCAGUUGUUGUGUAGGGCCAUACUUAAUAUCAUCUGCCCUGGGGACUGCAGGGUACCUCGGCACCCACUGCUGCAUGGAAACUUAGCAGAGAUGUCUCUAGGCUGGUGGGUCAGUGUACCUGAGCUGCUGCUGGAUGCUGGUUUAAGGGUUUGCUGUCAAUUUCAGAAGAGUCUUGCCGAUCUGAUAUACCUUCUUCAUUGUAAUAUGAAUCACGAAACCACUCUGGGAGAGGUGCAGCUGAAACUUUACACAAGUGUAGCAGUGCAUAUCAGUCCUAGUACCCACAGUAAGCACGUGGCUCAGUUUUUACUUACAGAUACACACCUCGGUCUGGUACGAGAGGAUGCUGUCUCACUCACUUUCACACUCUGUCACCACAGCUCCCUGCCGUCCCCACUUCCACGGCUUAACUCUUCGGUGGUGCUCGGAUGUUCGCUGCAUACUGGUGCACGACGAAAACGAGAACCGGCCUGUCAGGCUGGAUGUAAUCUUUGCAAAAGCACAGGGCAGGGGUCACCCUGAAAGCGUGACUAAGGCAGCUACCCUGAGUGCACAUGCUUUAAAUUCAUCUCCGCAUGCAGAAGUGUGGAAAUUAACUUUCAGUUGCUCCGCUGAGGCCGCCCGCCUGAUUAAUCACUUGUCAAAUGUCUGAUCAAGGACUGAACGGCCAGUAAUGAACAGCCCAGCUUGAAAACUCACUCACAGGGAGCAAAAGUGCAUCCCAAGCAGAUAGUGCAAAGAAUCAUUUUUUUUUCGCUAUGAAAUUAUAAUGAAAAUGUGAAGUUUGAAGUUUGCUUUUUUAAAUUUUGUGAUAUUAAUGUUGCGUGACUUUGGCACUUGGAAGAUUUUAUCUUUAAAACGCUUGAAUUUCUUUGUUCUUGCAUUGAUGUCUUUAGAAAAUAGUUUGAAGGUCUAGCACUGAAGAUCAAAGAAGUGUGCUUAGCAGUUUCAUUUGUUUUAAUAGACAUUGUAAUGUUUUUGAAGCCUUUUAAAUGUCUCGUGACCAAAUUCUUAAGAUGACUUGCAUUGUUUGUGUAUUUAUUAUUCAUUUUCAAAAUUCUAAUAUUUUAAAUUUUUCAAUAAA